ACGUUUUUGAAAAAAAUAUUGAAAAUUAUAAAAAGUAAUAACGUAUAUUUAUCAAGAGACUUCUUUAUAUUCGACGCAAUUUUAAACCGUUUUUAUAUUUUAUUUCAUAUAUAUUAAAGAAAAAAUUCUCGAAAAUGUUUCGUAAAUUAACCUCGGCUUUAUAUCAGGUGACCCACCAACAAUUAAUGACCACCUUAACAAGAACCAAAACUGCCACGCUGAAAAAUACCAUUGGUGAACUUAAAAGCUCUAUAGCUCAAAGCUUUUUUCGCUACGAGCAGCCGCUAAGAACUAGCUGUAAUAAGAAAAUCACUAUUGUGGGUUCGGAGAAGACUAGUCUGCCAAUGGCAAAGAAUUGUUUGGAUCGUGAACUUUGUCAACAAAUUUGUAUAAUGGAUUUACAAGCAAAAAAAGAGAAUACAAAAACAAAUCUAUUGCUCUCCUGUAGUCCACACAUAAAGGCCACUAAACACUUUCAGGAUACAAGUAAUUCGGAUUUGAUAAUUUUAACUAAAGAUAUACAAAAUCGAAAGGAUACUACCAAAACUACGACAAUUAAAGAUACUUUAGAACAAUAUACUAAUGUGAUGAAAAAUCUUAUACCAAAUCUAGUGAAAUAUAGUCCAAAUACUAUAUUUUUAAUCGAUACCGAACAAGCAGAUGUUGUGACCUAUGUGGCUUGGAAACUAUCACGUUUACCCAAGAAUCGAGUGUUGAGUCCUAAACAAAUAAAAGACUUUAUACAAGAACCUAUAACAUAUAGUGAUCAGGGUACUGCUGAUGUUGCUGCAAAAAUUAUUGAAAAUUAUCAUCGCAUACUGUUGUCUACUUUGCCCCAAGUGAAAUCGAAUGAAGAUAAUUCCUCUAAAUUUUCGCAAAUAUUCAGUUCGACUUUUUGCAAAACCAUGGAACCAAAUCUAAACGAUUGUCGCAAAAUUAUUGUCUGAACUCAAAAGAGAUUAUAUAAAUUCUGAAUAUUUUUAUUAAAUCAAAAACUGUUCAUUAAAUAAUCAGAUUUACAUGAUGUAAAUUAUUAAUUUACAUAAUGUCUAAUUUUAAUUAACGUUAUGUAAAUCAAUGAUUUAUAUUUUAUUAAUCUGAUUUUCUAUUUUGAUGUAGUAAAUUCUCAUUAUGUAAAUUUCAUUUUUAUCCUAUGUAAAUUUAUGAAUUAUUUUCAUUAGUUUUCUUAAUUUCAGUACACUUGACAUUAUUUUUCAUAAUCACCAUUUACUCUUUAUUAUUUGU